UUCGCACCUUAGCAACCAUAAACACAUUGCUCAUGCACCCCUUCUCUUUCCCUCGUGUGUCAGGAAAUGAGAAUAAACAAUGUAAUAGUAUUUUAUUGACAUUAAUAAUGCCAAAAAACAAAUAAUGGCGUCAACUCGAAGGAUUUUGGAAUAACUAAGGACUAAGACAAAUAACGUGCUAAAAUGAAAGUCCUUGAAAUAAGCCCCGAGAACCUGGAAGAUUUGCUGACCUAUGAUGACCUUUUCUUGGAUUAUUUCAAUGCAUUUUUAGCUCUGCCGGUGUUUCCACAAGCAUUGGCUUACAACAGACUAACGGGAGCGUUUGAAGAAGUUCCCUCACCUUAUAAUACAACUGUUGCCGAUUCUCUUGGUUGCCCGUCUCCAGCAUCAACUCUUCCUUAUGGAGCAACAGACGCUGUUCGUGAGAAUAUGUUACAGUGGGCUAGAGAGGAGAGACUUCCACUAUUUCUUAGCACCCAGUUAUUUCGAGAGUUGAAGUUAUGUAAAUUAUUAUUGCGCCCAUUAGACGACAGGAACUCGGCGAGUCGUGGAUCUAGUCGUCAGAUCCGAGGGUAUAGUCGACAGUCUGAGAGUUAUAUAUCUAGUCUAAGUUACAGCGGAGACAACAGCGCGGAGGAUGAAGGCCUGGACGAAGAUAUCAACUGGGCAGAUAUGAGAUAUCAUGAAUUGUUCCGAUACAGACGACCAGGGAGCAAGGCGUACAGUGACCCUAUACGUAGAUAUUUAGCGUCUGCUUCAGUAACAGAAACCAUGAAGAAUACAUCGUCUAAUGCUCAAACAUCAAGUAAAUAUACGGAUGCCAGAACUUCUGCUCCGUUCGACAGAUCUCAAACAGGAUCCCCUGGAACAAUUAAACGAGGAGCGAGAAUUUCAUCAUUAGUAAAAGUUAUUCCUGAUGAUGGUAUGAAACAGGAUAAAGGAAGCAAAAGUUAUUCAUCCAAGAAAACGAAGGGUCCACCAGUUACGUCAUCGACAGAAGCAGCUUUUUUACGUGGAAGCAGAGUUUUAUCAGCACCUGUUAAUUACGAAGAUUUCAUCAAGAUGCCGUUCUUCCAUUUCGAUGCCUUAUUACGGGAAGAACCAGCCCCUACUGGUGACCCCUAUGUAACGUUUAAUGAUGAUGAUGCCGUAAGCGAAGCGCAGACAGAAACUGACGUACGGAAUAUGGAAGGUCGAUUAAAAAUGACGAUACAACAAAUGAAGGAACAAGUUAUAGCUACAUAUGUUGGAAUGGAAUCAUUUAAAGAAUUUUUAAAAGACACAGCUGGUGUCCAUCUUCUGAAUUUCUGGUUAGAUUGUGAAUAUUUUAAAGAUUCUAUGGAGGACUAUGAUGAAGAGGAAUUUAUAGAAAUAAGAAACUGUCUGUUUAGAGAUAUACAGGAUAAAUAUAAAUUAAAUCUAACCAAUGAUGCUAAAGAUCAGAUAACCCGAGCUGCCCGUAAUGUGGGACUAACACAUACUAUAUUUCUACGUACACAAUAUGAUGUCCUACGUCGUCUUCGAGCCUACUGGAUCUCACGAUUUCUCAUGCAUUUUGAACGACAAAAACCUAUGAGUGAAGACGAAGAGAGAGACAUGGUAAAGUUUAAAGUAAUGAAACCAGCUGAUAAAAAUUCCCUACCGUUCUUCCCUUCUAUAUCCCUGGUUCAUUCCAUGCCAGUAUGGCCAGAUGAUGCCUUUAAUCAAUCAAGGACAUCAUCAUGGGAUAUGGUGAACAGUGGUAACAUGUUACGUGAUAUAACAUCUGCCAGAGGUAGAAGAGGAACUGCCAGAAUAGCCCCAUCUAGGUCAACUAAAGACAGAUUAAUUGUAGCUUUAAGUUCUGACAGGUUGGCUGGUGGACCGUUUAAAAAUUAUCUAGAUGUUAAUUGUGAUUACCUGAUGUUAUCGAAUCUGCUGUUCUGGCAAGAUGUAACGGAAUAUGGUGCUACAGAAGACAAAUCAGCCGACCGUCUGCUGAGAAUGAGACAUGCCUGGUCCAUCUACACCAAUUAUAUAUCUGAAGAUAGUCAAUAUAACGUCGAGCCCUCCGAGAAAGAACGGAAUAAUUUACAUCAAAUGUUAUCUGGUUCUAGAGAUUUUGUCGAGGCGUCAGUUUUUGACAGUAUAAAAGACAGAAGCAUUGGAAGAUUAGAAAAAGCAUGGAUUAGAUUUCUUAAAGAUGAUCUCAAAAUAUUCCUUGAUUGUCGUAUUCGACCAGGAAGAGAAACACCACCAAGUACAGCUGAAGCGAUAGAAAUAACCGUUGCGGGAGCUGAUCAAGAUAUUCUUGUUAUAAAACGACCUCGACCUUGGGUCAGAAGAGUACCCGGAUCAACUCAAUCUGAACGAGGCCUACGUUUAAAUAAAUCUAUAGCUGAGGCGGAAGAGAUAGAUUUUGAGCGGUUAGCAGAACAGAGAAAGAAAAAUCAAGAAAAGCGAAAGGAAGCUGAAAGAGAGAGAAAGAGAGCUGUGAGAGCUGCUUAUGCUCGACAAAGAGAAGCCAAGUUAAAGAAACCCCCAUCAAGGAAGAAAUCUGGGAUUGAAGAAGAGGAAGAUGUGACUGAUAAAGGAGGAAAAUUACCAACUUUUCAAGAUAUGUUUUCAAAUAAACAGAUGAUGGUGUUAUUUAAGAAGUAUAUAUCUGAGUUCGAUAUCCGUGACGUGAGUUAUAUGGUGGGUUUAUAUCAGGAUAUCGAGUCGUAUUUAAAUAAUAAAGAUGGUAAAUCAAGAAAAGAUAUGUUAGCCAAUAAUAUACACAAGGCAUAUUUUGAUAAUCUGAGUAGAAAACAUGUACCAAUGCCAGAGAAGAUUAUAGCUAGAUUAGGCGUGGAAAAAGAACGACCAAGAACAGCAACACUCAGGGAUGCUCAGAGAUUUGUUCUGGCUAAAGUUGAAGAAACGUAUAAAGAUUUCUUAAAUCAUCAAGCUGAUGAAUUGGGUAUCGAUCCUGUAGAAAUGUUAACAAUGUCGCCAGCUGAGCUGACUAUGAGAAUGGGUAGUGAUGCAGCCAUGCUGACAUCGUGGAAUAAACGUAGUAAAGUGAAAGGAAAAGAGCCGACCAUCCUUACGUCAAGAGAGGAAACAGGUAGUAGUCUUGUAACUAGUACGCCCAAAUCAGCUACCAAACGACGAAAGCGCAAGCAGACAGGUCGAGCACAACCGACGAAGAACGAUAUGGCAGAGUUUAUAUCGGCACUGAGUCAGUCUGCGUCUGGUCAGCUACCGAUAGAGAUGCUGUACUUCUAUACCUAUCUAGUCAAACAUGGAGAGGAAGAUAAUAUGCCAUUAGUUGAUCGUGAUCUCUUCUUUUAUAUUGAAGUUCAGAAAUUUAAGGAUUGUAGUCAUGCCUUCUCUGACGAUGAAAUGUUAAAGAGGAAAGUCCAAUCAAUAAUUGAUUGUUUUUUGGAAUCUGUUUAUACACCCAGUUUACAGGUUGAUGUACAAAAUGAUGUUCAGCAGAAAAUAAUGAAAAGUUCCCAGAGAUAUAUGAAUGGUAAAGAAUUAAAUCCAUCAAUAUUUGACGAAGCUCAGAUGAUGGUGUUGAAAGAGUUAUUGCCGUAUUGGGCAGGUUUUAAAAAGAAUUAUAAACCACCAGAUAAUCCGGAUAAAAAACCAGUGACAAAGAUUCAGAAGAUGUUGAGGAAAAGAUUGGAGAAUAUUGAAAAUUAUCAGAUACCGUCUGCUAAUCUGAAACUGCCUGCGAUUCCUGAAGGUGCCACACCAGCAUUCUCUCUAUCUCUAGCAGAUGGUAUUAAAUUCAGGGAAAUUGAAGAAGGAAGUAUUAUUGGAACUCCGAUGCCAGCAGACAAAAUGUUACGGGGACGACGUACAUCGAUAGCACCAAGUUUAGAGAGUACGCGGACCAAUCGUAAACAAAGUAGUCAGGAUACACAUAGUACUAAAUCUAUGAUCGCAGCGAGAUAAUCCUUUAUGUAAUGUCAAAUAAACAUUCAAUCUUUAUAUUUUCCUGACAACAUCUGAGAAUUCUCAUCCCUUCCUUAAGGAAUAAAGUACAUUGAAUUUAUACUAUGAGUCAGGAUGCACAUAUAGUUCUAAAUCUAUGAUCACCAAAUAAACAUUAAAACUUUAAUAUCAACUUAAGUGUAUUUUCCCUGGCAGCAUUCCUUUCUCCUGGAACUAAGAACAUCUGAGGAGCAUAGAAGUUAUUCUGCAAGUUAUAUAUUAUUCUGUGUGAAACUGAUUUCAAAAACAUGGAAUAGAAUAAAAACAUUAUUACCUUAGAGAAGUAAUUAAAAUUGAAGAGCCCAGGCGGAAGAACGUUGAAGGCAAAAGAGACUUUUGGACUAGAAUGUUUGACGCGAACAGAACAACAAGUGGGUUUAAUAACAACUUCAAAAUGAUGUUUAAUACAAACCACAAUUACCAGUACAACUGACGUCAACUUUUCAGGCAAAUUAAGGUUAAAUAAAGGGUACGAUGGACUUGUAUUUGUCCAGGAGGCCAUUUCAGAAGGGCCUUGGUUCGAUGUGACUCCGGUCGUUUUUACCUGAAACUUAUUGUUCCACAGAAAGCUUAUACAAUUUGCUACCAGAUGGCGCCAUUAACUGGGGUUUGUUGAAAAAGUGACCUAGAUCGUUCUUCCCUGGGGCUCUUCAAUGAUGUGAUAUGUGAUUCAAUUAUUGAGUUCUAAGUUAUUGGUGUCUGUUUCUAAAGAAUCUGAACUAAAACUAAUAAACUAAUGUCCAAAAGAAAGUAUUCACUGUGCAUUUCAUGCUGUAUCAGCCAAAGUCGUUUUCCAUUGUAUGGGUAAUUGAGUACAAGGUCAAUUUGAUUUGCUUAGAAAUGUUGAGUUUGGACGCAAGAGACAAGCUCAGUAAUGUUUUAUCAAAUGUUUUUAAUCUAAAAAAAAACUUAGUCAUAUUUUUAGUGUGUAACAUUUAUUUUGGACAUAAGUAUAUUUUUGGACAUUGGACAUUAGUAUAUUUUUGGACAUUAAUAUAUUUUGGAAUAUAUUUGGACAUUAGUAUAUUUUUGGACAUUAGUAUAUUUUGGACAUUAGUAUAGUUUUGGACAUUAGUAUAUUUUGGACAUUAGUAUAUUUUUGAACAUUAGUAUAUUUUGGACAUUAGUAUAUUUUUGGACAUAAGCAUAUUUUGGACAUUAGUAUAAUUAUGGACAUUAGUAUAUUUUUGGACAUUAGUAUAUUUUUGGACAUUAGUAUAUUUUUGGUUGGACAGGUUGGAACAUGAGACCCCGCCCCCAGAAAUUAUCGUUCUAAAAAAAUAGAGUUGGUAGGAUAACCAUAAACACAGGUAUUUUUAUUUUGGGCCUAAUUUAUAAAGAAGUGUGCUAGUGUGUAUCUGAUGUAUAUUAAUUGUGCUGUGAGUUGUACCUGUGAUAUUUUAUAUAUUAUUUGUGCUGUGAGUUGUACCUGUGAUAUUUUAUAUAUUAUUUGUGCUGUGAGCUGUAUCUGUGAUAUUUUAUAUAUUAUGUAAACGUCUGUGAUAUGUAAAACAACAAUUAUAAUAAAUCUGUCUCCAUAUUUUAAA